AUGGAGCUUGCAGAGGGCACAAGGAAACGGACCCGUGUAAGCGGCGGCGACGGCGGCAGCGGAAUCUCGGCCGGCAGCCUGGACCGGCUGAGCGAUCUACCUGACUGCCUUCUCCACAUCAUCUUGUCCUCCCUCAAGGCCCGACAGAUGGCCCGACAGAUGGUGCAGACGUGCGUGCUGUCCACACGCUGGAGGCACCUCUGGCGCUCCGUGCCGUGCCUCGAUGUCGACAUCAUUGAGUUCAGGACCAAGGCGGCAGUGCAUGCCUCCAGCAGUGGCGGCAGCAACAGCAGCUAUUACUCUGAUGAUGAUGACAGCACCGACCCCGGCUCCGGCAACAACCAGGACAAGGGCAAAGGGUGGGACGAAUUCGAGGAUUUCGCCGUCAACCUCAUGCUCCGUUGUAACAUCGCGCUGCUGGAUUCAUUCAGGCUGGACAUUGAUAGGGGCAGGAAACCUCAGUCCUAUGGUUGCUCCAGCAGUGCAACACAAGGUUGGGAAUACAGCGGCCGACAAGCAGCGGCUUGGCUCCGUCGCGCGAUGAAAUACUGCACGCCAGGAUCAGAAGGCUGUAUCUCUGCCACGUACCUCUGGACGAUUGUUUCGCGGAGCAUCUUAGCUCAGUGUGCCGCUCUUUGGAGGAUUUGGAGCUGGACCAUUGCACCUGUGAGAUUCAUUCUAUCGCCUGACUCCCUCAAGAACCUGGUUCUGAAACGUUGUACAUGGGGUGGAUUCCUCUCUGACAUUGCAUCCCCCACAUUGAAGACCUUGGUUAUCAUUGGAGGCUCCAAUGGAUAUUGCAACCCGUUGGCUAUCUCGGCCCCCAUGGUUGCCUAUCUAUGCCUAGAUGUGGAUGCUGACCGCUUCCGUGGAGGUAUUUCCGUAAACAAGAUGACAUCCCUUGAUAGGGCUUCGAUUCAUUUACGCAGCCACAAAUACGGUUUAUCCAAAAGCAUAUGUGGAAGUAAACUUUGCGGGGAUCAAUCCAAGCUUCUUUGUAGUCUGUCUAAUGUGACAAGUUUGGAGUUAUCAGGUGUCGGGAUGAGGGUGCUCGGUAAGGAACCCACAUUCCUGGAAUUCCAGAACCUGAGGAACUUGCUGCUGGGCGACUGUGACCUCAGUGACGACUUCCGGAUAUUGCGAUUCUUUCAGCGGGGUUCACCUAAUCUAGAGAAGGUCACGUUGCGGCACUGCAAGUUCCCUGGUGAUUCUGAGGACAAGGAAGGAACGCACAAACUGGACAAGACCUCAUCUUCUGGUUGCUGCUAUGGCCUGGACUUCCUACAUGAUGAGAACAUCGAGCUUGAAAUCAUACAUAAAGAUGAUGAUGCCUGUCGAUCUGCUGACGAGCUUGUGCGCGGCCUACCAAAUCUCAAAGGUACAACUGAUGCUGUUCCUGACGCUGCUGCUGCUCCUGCUGAACAUCUGGUGCCUCAUUCAACUGGAGUAGGGCCUCGUCGGGGAACUCGGCGCAGGACGACCAGCGUGCGCAUCUCGGGAUCAGAAUGGGAAUGGCCCAUGUAA